GUCGCUGCCUGAGAGGAGUAAUGGCCGCCCUCGUAGCAAUGGCUGGAUCGGGGAACAACACAAGGAGCAUCUCGGAGCGCUUCAGCUGACCGGGAGGAGCUUCAGUUACCCGGCACCCCCUCCAACCCGGGCCCCGGAGCGGAUGGGUAGAGGGGGGUCUUGCCAAAGGACACGAGAACCGAAACGAGACUCGCAGGGAAGGGGAGGGAAGCUAACGCUGCCCGGGUAGCUAGCAGCUAGCCGGCUAUCAACACGGUUGUCACUGCCGGGGGAGCCGAACCCGAGUGGCCGCGACAAGUGGGAGUGCGGAGGGCGGGAGGACGCGACGGACAGGCGCCGGAGCGUGGGAACAAACCACCGGAUACCCGCGAACAUGAGCGGACCGGGACAGGACAGCGAGCCAGAGGCGAAGGUCCUUCUCAUCAAGCGGCUUUACAGGGCUGUGGUGGAGUCCGUGCACAAACUGGAUGUGAUCAUCGGCAGCAAAGCGUCCUACAGGGAGGUCUUCAAGCCGGAGAACAUCAGCCUUCGCAACAAGCUGAGGGAGCUUUGUGUAAAACUGAUGUUUCUCCAUCCUGUCGACUACGGCCGUAAGGCUGAGGAGCUGCUGUGGAGGAAGGUCUACUACGAGGUCAUCCAGGUCAUCAAGACCAACAAGAAGCACAUCCAUAGUCGCAGUGCUUUGGAGUGUGCGUACCGUACACAUCUGAUCGCCGGCGUGGGUUUCUACCAACACCUGCUGCUCUACAUCCAGUCCCACUACCAGCUGGAGCUGCAGGAGUGCAUCGACUGGACCCACGUCACAGAUCCACUCAUCGGUCGAAAGAAGCCAGUGUCGGCCACCCCCAAGGAGAUGGAAUGGGCACAGAUGGCCUGUCAUCGCUGUCUGGUCUACCUCGGAGAUUUAGCCCGUUACCAGAAUGAACUUGCCGGAGUGGAGGCUGAGCAGCUGGCAGAGAGGUUUUACCAUCAGGCCCUGUCUGUCAUGCCACAUGUGGGAAUGCCUUUUAAUCAACUGGGAACACUGGCAGGGAGCAAGUUCUACAACGUUGAAGCGACCUACUACUACCUACGCUGCAUCCAAUCAGAAUCCCCCUUCGAGGGCGCCUAUGGCAACCUGAAGCGUCUGUUUGACAAAGCUGCCAAGAUGUACCAUCAAGUGAAGAAGCAGGAAAUGAAGAAGCUGUCUCCAUCCCGGCAAAGAUCUAAAGACAUUAAGCGUCUCCUGGUGAGCUUCAUGUAUCUCCAGAGCCUCCUGCAGCCCAAGAACAGUCUGAUGGAGACGGAGCUGACGUCGCUCUGCCAGUCGGUGCUGGAGGACUUCAACCUGGUGAUGUUCUACCUGCCGCCUCAACCACAGGGUGGCACCCGCCACUCCAUCAGCGAGGAAGAGGAGGAGCAGCAGCACGCCGACAGCUCCUGCCCCGUGCUGCCUGACACCCUCGUCUUCAAGAUGGUGGUCACUUGUCUGAUGGUGGUGCACAGCCUGAAGAGGGGAGGAUCGAAGCAGUACAGUGCAUCCAUAGCUUUCACUCUGGCCCUGUUCUCCCACCUGGUGAACCACGUGAACAUCCGGCUGCAGGCGGAACUGGAGGAAGCGGAGAGCCAGGUGCCUCCUCUUCAAACUGACGCCACAGAUGAACCGGACAAAGAUUUGGCAGCUCCACCGACGGAGCACUCUGAGGAGAAGCCUCUGCAGAAUGGCUCUCUGGAGCAGGAAGAUGAUGAAGAGGAGGAGGCGGCGAAAGCUGCAGAUGGCUGUGAAAGGGUCGGUGCCAAAAAGGAAAGCAGCGUGGAGGAACAGCGCAAGUCAGAGGAAGACAAACAGAGGCAGAAGAAGAAGUACACUCGUCUGUCUCGACUCCGCCGACGCCGCGUUGCCCGCAAGGACGCUCGAGGAGAGGACGAGAGCGACCUAAGCGAAGGCUUUGAGAGUGAAGAUGAAGAAGACGAUGAAGAAGAGAAGGGUGGCGGUGCUGAUUCAACAGGUGGCACUGUGACAGGAACCGCCCUCAAUUCUUCCACUGUCAGGAAGGAGGCUAAGAAAGGCCCCCAGGUUGAGGAGGGGAGCUGGGGCAGCGGCUCAGAGGAGGAGGAGGAAGGAGGAACGGCGUUUGAUGUGGAGACGGACUCGGACAUGAACAGCCAGGAGUCUCGAUCUGAUUUGGAAGACAUUGAAGACGCAGAGAGCGCAGACAACUUGGAGGCUCAGGCCCAGGAGCACCAGGAGGAGGAGGAAGACCAAGAGCCACCCAAGGAAGAAGGAGGCGACAGGGACGCUGAUACUCCUCCCACCACCAACGGGCCCCUCAUUCCCAGUGACUCCAGCAUUAGCAGUAACCUCCAGGCCAUGUCCUCGCAGCUAUUCCAGUCCAAGCGCUGCUUCCGGCUGGCACCGACCUUCAGCAACAUGUUGUUGAGACCUCAAGCUUCAUCUUCCUCGGGUAAUCCCACCCCUACUGACGCUUCUGCUCCCCCCUCGCAAGAGACUCCUCCCCCUCCUCCUCCUGCUGGAGAAUCCCCCUGUGACAUGAACCCUGGUACUGCCAACGGAACCAAUGAACAUGACCUGGACUCUGAUUCAGAGGAUAGUCAGCACAGCGCUCCGUCAGUGCAUAGCGAGAAAACCCUCUUGGAGAAGCUGGAGAUCUUGACCAAUCAGGGGUUGAUCCAAGUGGUGAAAGUGUUCAUUGACUGGCUAAGGACCAACACUGAUAUUAUCCUCAUGUGUGCGCAGAGUUCUCAGAGUCUGUGGAACCGACUGUCUGUGCUGCUCAACCUGCUUCCAGAUGGCAGCAAGAUGCUCGAGGCUGAGCUUGGUCUGAAUGCAGAGGUGACACAGCUGUUAAGUGAGUGUGAGCAGCCCGGGCUGGUCCAGAGUCUGCUGCUGCCCGAGGACUUGGCUCUGCGACACCUGCCUGCGCUCAGCGUCGCUCACCGUCGCCUCGACUUUACUCACCGCAACCCGUCCCUCAGCCCCCUGCAGGAGUGUGUCGUGCGAGUUUGUUGCAUUCGUAGCUUCGGCCACUUCCUGACAAAUCUCCAGGGCAACGUGCUGCACUUCAACCCGGAGGCGGGAAUCUUCACCAGCAUCAGCCAAUCGGAGCAGGACAACCUGGUGCAGCAGGCAAAGGCCCAGUUCCGAAUGGCCGAGGAGGAGGCUCGUCGAAAUCGCUUGAUGAGGGACAUGGCUCAGCUUCGACUCCAGUUGGAGGUGUCGCAGCUAGAGGGCAGCCUCCAGCAGCCCAAGGCCCAGUCGUCCAUGUCUCCGUACCUGGUGCCAGACGCAGCUGCUCUCUGCCACCACCUGAACCUCAUCCGCCAGCUGGCCGGCAGCGGCUGCUUCAUUAUCAUCAUCCCGCGGACAGUAAUUGACGGACUCGACCGACUGAAGAAGGAAAUUCCCGGCGCGAGGGAUGGGAUCCGCUUCCUGGAGUCUGAAUUCCGCAAAGGCAACAGGUACAUACGUUGCCAGAAGGAGUCUGGUCGAAGUUUUGAAAGAGACAAAUUGAAACGGCAGGACAUGGAAGCCUGGCAUCUGUACAAGAUGGUGGACAGCUGUCGUCAGUUAACAGUCUCCCAGAACAACGGAGAUGAAGACACAGCCGGCAUGGUGACGAUCCUCACCGGCCAGCAGGUGGAGGAGCUCUGCAGUCAGUCAGCCGCCAUGAAGGCGGCGGUGACGGCGGCGAGCUCGGCGGGCAUGGAGCUGAAGAACAUCGUGGAGUUCUACCGGCAGUGGAAGGAGAUCGGCUGAGAGGACUUGGGGGGGGCAGCUGUCGGUGCUGCGAAUAGCUGAAUCGAUCACAACACUCGCUCCCUCUCUCUCUCCCACUCUUUUGCUCUGUGUGUAUCUGCGUCUCCAAAAGGAAAAAAAAAACAACAAAAGAAAGAUGGAUCGAAGGAAAAGAGUCAAAGCUUAGAGAGCUGGAAAAGAAAAUUCCGCGGAGUAAAAAAAUAAAUAAUACGGCAGAGACACGCGGGCGAACCGGCGCGAUAAGAUAAAGAACAGCAGAUCUCCCACUUCCAAUCCUAAACAUAAAGAGUGACCCCUAGUGGCCGGGGUGAGGAAACAGUGGGGGGAUGCUACACAACUUUGAAGUGCCCCUGGUUCACACCCUAACCAGGAAUACACUGUAAAUGUUAGCAAACGAGUACAUACGUGUCGAGAGAGAAACCGCGCACACACAUCAACACACGCUCAGAUGAUCCAUAUAGAUAUUUAGAGCCGUGGUUUGGAUUUCUGUUCCCUCCUCCCCUUCCCUUCAGUCUGUAUUUGAGAAACAGGGUCAUGAAUGUGCGGGUCUGGCGGGGCUGCGUUUCGUAAAGUCGGGGGUUGUAUGAAGUCGGCUUGGAGCUCGAGGACACACACACUCUGUCCACCUGACAUGAGGUCUCGAGCCGUCAAAAACAAACCGGGGGUCUCGUAGCUCAAAGGCCGGAGAGGUUGAGGAAGACAGACGUACACCUCUUCGGAAUCGGUUUCUUUCCUACGUGGCUUUUUAAAAAUAAUUAGGUUUUGUUAUUUUUCUUUCUUUGCAGUGUACCUUUUGUGACCAGUGAUGUAUGUAUCGUGCUAUCUCUGUCUGAGAAGAGAAAAGGAAUUAAAAAAACACGACAGGCUCCGCCCUGUCGAAGGUUUUAAUUUGGAUUUUAUUUUUGUACCCAAAUGAUGUUUAUUUUGCUUUUUGUAAGCCAAAUUUGAACGACGUAUGGAAGAAUGUUUAAGGGAAAUUGAAAGGGUCGUUUUUUCGUCAGAUCGGAAGAAGGAAAUCUUGAAUUCUGAUUUAUUUAUCAUGGUGUCAUGUUGGAGGGAGGCGGGAGGGAGGGAGGAGCCGAGGGAGGGGGGAGGAGCCGAGGAGCUUCAUGUUGUAGCUCGUCAUCACGGACACUCUGAAGAGAGAGGGCCGGCUGAGUUUCCCUGAGGAAUGUGGGUUGUGUUUGGACCCCUGUAAACUCCUAAAUGUAUCCCAUCUACAUCACCAUCUCCAUAGUGACUGUCCCAUGAUGCACAGUGCAAAAAUUAAAACCAGUAUAUGUGUGUGUGGCCAUGCAUUGAACAAUAAAAAGAAACUCAUAAGAUGCUGA